UCAGGUGGAGGGAGUCGAGGCGCUCAAAACGCAGCCGUGUCCCGGCGCCCCGAGCUGCGAUGAGCACCCCAGCCGUGCCCUGCGACCUGCAGCUGCCCCCGAGUCAGAGGGCCCAGUCCGCGUUCAGAGAGCAAAGAAGACAAAAACUCAAGGAACAACUCUUAAAAAGAAAAUCUUUUUUUGCAACCAAACAGGAAAAUCGGAUAUUAUCCAGUAGUAGGGACCAGAAAGUGAUGACAUCUGAGGGCCAGGUCCAAGAAGAGACAAAAGCACUGAAACUGAAAACAAAAAUGGCUAAUAAAGAAAAUGUCAGUAGACCUACAGGAAGCAAAAAUAAUUUGACAAUGGGAAAAAAUUGUAUUCCUUUAAAACCUUCUAAUGAAUUAACCCAUUCAACUUUAGCAACGGAUACACAUAAUUUUGAGGAUCAUAAUCAAACUCUGCAGUUGUUACCAAUUAAAGAUGAUACCCAAAAUCAACAUAUGACAUUAAGCCAAGCAUUUCACUUCAAAAACAAUAGUAAAAAGAAACAAAUGACUACGGAAAGACCCAAGCAAGAUGCUAACAUGCCCAAGAAACAUGUGCUUGGAUCUUAUCGUGGCCAAAUUGUUCAGUCUAAGAUUAAUUCAUUUAGAAAACCUCUGCAAGUCAAAGGUGAGAGUUCUGCAACAACAAAGGAACUUGCAACUACUGUCUCUAAAGCCACUAAGCCUCAGCCUGUCAACACCAGCAGUGUCCCAGUGGAUACUGGCAGAGCCUCAUCUGUGAUGACGACUACUAAAUUUGUGAGCACUACAUCUCGGAACAGACAACUUCUGCGACCUCCUAUUAGAAGUCACCAUGAUAAUACCCAAAACACCAUGAGGCAAGGCAUCAGCAGAAGCUCUGCCAAUGUUACCUUUCAGAAAGGGCCUCAUGAGAAAGAAUUAUUAAAAGUAAAUUCAGUUUUAUCCAGUGUCAAAACCAGUUCUCAGGAUGUAAAAAGAAGUAAGACACUGUCAAGAAGCAUGACAUCUGAAAUUGUAGUCAGGCCUGCUUCCAAUACCAAGAUGAUAGAAAAGUCAAAAACCACUGACCAGCGCAGACAUACUAUAGCAAAAGCAGCUAUUGAUAGUAGAUUGGCUCAGCCCAAAGAAACUGCAGAAGAGAGAAAAGCUCGUCUGAAUGAGUGGAAAGCUAGCAAAGGAAAAGUGCUGAAAAGACCUCCCAACUCAGUAGUUACCCAGCCUGAGCCCAAAGACCAAAGUGAAAGGCCUGUUGGGUCCUUUUGGACAACCAUGGCAGAAGAAGAUGAACAACGGUUAUUUACUGAAAAAGUAAACAAGAUGUUUUCUGAAUGCCUAAACCUGAUUAAUGAGGGAUGCCCAAAAGAAGAAAUAUUGGUCACCCUGAAUGACUUGAUUAAAAAUAUUCCAGAUGCCAAAAAACUUGUUAAAUAUUGGAUAUGCCUUGCACGUAUUGAACCACUCACGAGUCCUAUUGAAAAUAUUAUCACAAUCUAUGAGGAGGCCAUUCUGGCAGGAGCUCAGCCCAUAGAAGAAAUGCGACAUGCAAUUGCAGAUAUUCUAACAAUGAAGAGUCAAGAAAACUUUAAAUUUGGAGAACAUAUUGAGGAGGCUUGCGCAACCAAGGACCAAACCCAGGAAGUCAACGUUGAAGAUAUAGAUGUUAGCCUAGAGUCAGGGAGACUGGAAAUGGAAAAUAAACAUCAUAGAAGUGUGGUAUUUCAAGAUUGUGAAAAAGAGCAAGGUGACAAGACAAAAGAUGCAACCAAUGAUGUUAAAACCCCCAGUACAGAAACAAGGGCGGGUUGCUUGAUUAAAUACAAUGUGUCUGCUACACCAUACUUGCAAAGUGUAAAAAAGAAGAUACAAUUUGAUGAAACAAAUUCUACAUUUAAAGAGCUGAAGUUUCUAACACCAGUUAGACGUUCUCGCCGUCUUCAAGAGAAGACUUCUAAAUUGCCAGAUAUGUUAAAGGACCAUUAUCCGUGUGUGUCUUCGUUGGAACAGUUAACAGAGUUGGGAAGUGAAACUGAUGCUUUUGUAUGCCGCCCUAACGCAGCACUGUGCCGGAUGUACUCAGAGUCCGAAAUAACAGAAGAGAAAUAAAGCUACAAGAAGGAAUGAGGUGGUGGUUAUACCUGCAGUAUUUUGUUUGUUGUGGCUUUGUAUGUCUCUUAGGUGAGGAGCUGGUCAAGUAUCUUAAGUAUUCGUGGCAGUGAGCUCUUUACUAACAUUCACAUUAUAGCAGGUGUUGCCUUCUAGGCAUCAGAAAGCUAAUCCUACCUUGUCAGUCUCAACAAACUGAGUUCUUCUCUAAGACAGGUAAAUUUUGUCAACUAGUUUACUAUGUUUCUUAAAUAUAAACAGG